AUGAGUAGCGGGGGCACCACCACAGUUUCGCCACCGGAGCCUCAGGCUUUCAAGCGAGCGGUGCGGAAGAUAAAAUGCGCCGCCAUGGUGGCCAACUUGGCGAAGAACUGGCAGGGUUGGGCCAGCGAACACUCAGACAAGCAGGAUGCUAUCCCCAGCGGCUGGAUGCCGGAUUCCGUUGAGGAGGAAGAGGACAAAAAAAUCAAGCAUGUGGUCAAACCUACCGUCGCCCCACGUGUUAUGGCAGGUGAAGCCUCCGACGACAGCGGGAAAAUUAGGACCGGUUCUGUCCACAAGACCAUCCAGCCAAAGCGCAGCGAGUGCAGCAGCAGUGACGUGGUCAACGCCAUCCGCGGAAAGAUGGAGUCCGGUCCCGAGGAGAGCAAGCCGUUCAUGGGCAACGAGUCACCGACACGGCGGCGCCAAAUGAGGUUACUACAGAGCGCAGGAGGCGGAGGAGGAGACAGGAAGCUGCUCCUCCAGGAGAGGAAGCUGGGGUCCAGGAGCAGCAGUGUGGACACAGAGGACAGCGGACUGGGAGAGGAGGCCGGGCUCAGCGACAACAGUGAAUCCAAAACCGAGCCGGGCGACAUCCAGUCCAAGAAACUAACCAACAAGCCCAAGAUCAAGAUUACCACGAUGGGCGACAUCAAAAGCCGCUGGCAGCAGUUUGCCAACCAGCACAUGGAGGGCCAGAAGCUCAACCCCUUCAGUGAGGAGUUCGAUCAGGACUACGCGAUGGCCCAGCGGCUCCGUAAGGGCGACUCCGGCUACGGUCGACCCAAAGACGGUUCCAAGACGGCGGAGAGGGGCGACCGGGCCCAGAAACACAUCUACAGGGAGAUGGAGGAGAUGGUGUGGAUUAUCAGAGACUUGGGCUUGAAGGAUAAGGAAGGGAGGACCAUCAUUAGCUUCGGCCGUCUCUUCGACCGCUACGUGAAGAUCUCGGAUAAGGUGGUGGGCAUCCUGCUGCGCUGCCGCAAGCACAAGAUGCUGGACUUUGAGGGGGAAAUGCUGUGGAAAGGACAGGACGAUGCUGUUAUCAUCACACUGAGGGACUGA